CCCCCGCUUUGGUCACGAUGACCGAGACGAGAAUACACGAACACGUUCUCAUCGCCUACUAUAUGUGUAUCCAUUCUGUUUGGGAGCAGCACAGAAAUCCAUGCGUAGCCGACACAAUACAUUCAUUCAAAAACCACUUUUAGUCGGCGGUAUUUGCGGUUUCUAAUUGUUUUCUCAAUUUUACGCCGUGUCUACGCUGAGAAGUGAUAAACGGUUAACAAAACAAAACAAUUUUCGGUGCUCAAACCAAUCACUCAUCACGCGCAGAUAAGGAUUGACUAAUUGGUGCGCUCACAGACUAUUUGGAUGGCGGGCUUACGGUUCUGUGCAAAUUUGAACUUUAUGUUCCUGGAGGCGGGAUCGUUUUUGGACCGGUACCGAGCAGCCAAGGCGGCCGGAUUCGCUGGUGUCGAAGGACCGUUUCCCCCCACCGACGUAAGUCUGGAGGCAUUGAAGGCGGUGCAGAAGGAAACUGGAUUAAAGCAAAUAUUGAUGAACAUUGCAUUAGGUGAGCUUCCCGCCGGUCAGUUCGGAUGUGCGGCUAUCCCGGGGAUGGAACAGGAAUUUCAAAAAAACUUUGAAAAUACCAUUCAGUAUGCGAAGGCUCUUGGCUGUAGCAAAAUACACAUAAUGGCUGGAAAACUAGAGGGUCCAGCCACUAAAGAGCAUGACGCCACAUAUCUUGCCAAUCUUCGAGCGGUUGCCCCAAUCCUUGCACAGAACAACAUUAUCGGAGUGAUCGAGCCCAUCAACCAUUACGCACUACCAGGCUACUAUUUAUCCUGCUACGAUAAGGCGAUUAACAUACUAGAUGCCAUCGGCAGUAGCAACCUAAAGCUGAUGUUCGACAUUUACCAUGCACAGCACAUCCGAGGUGAUCUUACAAAUGCGAUCAACUCGCUAGCUCCACAUAUCGGUCACAUCCAGCUGGCGCAGGUUCCGGGCCGUAAUGAGCCACACAGUGCAGGAGAACUUAACUUCCGGUACAUUCUCAAUGUACUCGCUACUGGCAGUCAGUAUCGUGAUGGUUGGAUUGGCUGUGAAUAUCGUCCGGCUGGUGGAACCGUCGAAGGUUUAACUUGGCUGCGUGAAUAUGGCUAUUGGCAGUGACACAACAGGCAGCU